AUGGCAGAUCCAUCUCUAACGUAUGUUAUGGAUGACGCUGGGCAGGAAAAGCACCGCUACAGCCUUACGGAGUUUAAAAAUGGUCGGCUAAUAGGAAUGCAACAAGCUCAUUUCAAUGAGUUUGAACGUAUCACCCAGCAAACUCGUCUAAUGACAACCAUUGAAGACCAUCAGUCAGUGGUAGACUUUCCUCAUACACGGGUUGGAAGUACAAUCCUCUCCCUUGCUACUGCCCAGCUACCAGCUGCUUCCGAUAUCAGUCAUCAGGUCGCAGAUGAGGAUCUCUGCUCAACAUGUGAGGAUGUCAAUAUCCGUGCUUUACUGGGAGGACUGGGCAGUGGUCGUAAGUAUCCACUUCAUAAUGCAGGGGCAAUUUUCUCUUGUCAUAACUGUUCUAUAUGCUACCUUUUGACCCAGGCGUUUGCCAUUGAAACUGGAAUGCCACCCCAGGAAAUGGCUGGGUUAUAUUCCAGCUACCCCAUCAUUCUUACCAGUUUCUGCUCUAACUGCCCAAUGGGAAGUCGACAAGAGCGGAAAUUUCAACUUUGCGCACAGAUGCUGCAUCCCGUUCGUAGCCUGGCUGAGGUGGACGUAUGUAUCCGCCUCCUAUCCGAUGACGCUUCCAAGCUUGGACAAUCCCCUCUCUUUCAUGGUCGGCUGGUCCCAUCUCGACAAGCAGAUAUAAGCAUGGCGCGAGCAUGGCUGAACGAAUGCGAGAAACACCAUGAUUGCUCAGAGGUCUUUCGGAAAAUCAAACGCCGCGCGGAUCCCAAUCACCACCUCCUUGUCAACGAUGUUGAGCAAGGAUGUCAAUGCGAGAUCCCUCCGAAAUCUAUAUACAUUACCCUCAGCUAUGUGUGGCCUCGUUUUGGCACAACUCAACUAAACAAAUAUAAUAAGGAAGGCUUUAUGCAGCCAGGGGCAUUUGGGAAUUCUGAGAGCCAUUUGCCAAACGUUUUACAGGAUGCUAUCAAAGUGGCACACGGUCUUGAUGAACGUUAUCUUUGGAUCGAUGCUCUCUGCAUUGUGCAGGAUGACCAGACUAUCAAAUCUGGAUUGAUAGAAAUGAUGGACAAAAUCUACGCGGAGGCUGCAUUGAACAUUGUCGUGGCGACGGCUGCGAAUCCAGAGAACGAUUACUAUAUACCUGGAGUAGGAGAACCUCGUACACGGCGUCAAGCAGUUAGCACCGUGAAAGGCCUUCGCUUUUUGACUUCCCUCCCGGAUUAUAAUAACGCUAUAGAGCAAAGCCGCUGGGCGACCCGGGGAUGGACAUUCCAAGAGGGCGUGCUUGCCCAGCGCUGCUUGGCGUUCCAUAACAACCAAAUGUACUUUCGCUGUCCAAAAGAUGCCCGCAGUGAAGAUGUCCAUGCCGAAGGAAAUAAAAGCUACGAAUUCCAUCCAGCGAAGCCGCGCUUGCGGCAGAGUGGUGUUGAGCAGCUCUUGAACCCCAAUUUUCUUUAUCAAUAUUCGCAAUGGAAACCCUUUCAUAGAGUACGCGCAACUGGUUCGAGAUUUCUCCCAUCGAUCAUUAACAUUUGA